AUGACCAACACAAACGGUAUCACCAGUGCGCAGAAAGUCAGCGCCGGCGCGGCUUUGAGAUGCCUGAUUCAGAGAGACGGUAUUCUCAUCGCACCAGGAGUCUACGACGGGUUCAGUGCUCGGAUUGCACACGAAGUUGGCUUCGACUGCAUCUACAUGACGGGUGCUGGAACGUGUGCCUCCAAGCUCGGGCAGCCAGACCUUGGAUUUGCGACGCUCAAUGACAUGCGCGAGCAUGCGGAGAUGAUCGCCAACCUCGACUCGAGGAUUCCUCUAAUCGCCGACGCCGAUACGGGGUACGGAGGACCCAACAUGGUCGCGCGCACGGUGGCACAGUACCACCGGUCGGGUGUGGCAGGACUCCACAUCGAAGAUCAGGUGCAGACCAAGAGGUGCGGCCAUCUGGGUGGCAAGGCUGUCGUGGAUAUGGAGACGUACGUGCAGAGGAUCGGAGCUGCUUGCCAGGCGAGGGACAGGCUCCAAUCCGACAUCGUCAUCCUGGCGCGGACCGACGCCCUCCAGACCCACGGUUACGACGAGUGCGUGGCCCGCCUCAAGGGCGCCGUCGCCGCCGGGGCCGACGUGGCCUUCAUCGAGGGCAUCACCAACGAGCAGCAGGCGAGGGACGUGUGCAGACAGCUGGCGCCGACGCCCGUCUUGAUCAACAUGGUCGAGCAUGGGGCUACGCCGACCUGGACGCCCGCCCAGGCAGAGGAAUUCGGCUUCAAAAUCAUCAUCUUCCCGUUCGCAUCGCUCGCGCCCGCCUACACAGCUAUCAAGAACGGCCUUUCCCGUCUCAAGGAAACGGGAAAGACUGGGUUAAGAGGUGAAUUCACGCCGAAAAAGCUGUUUUCCGCCGUCGGCCUUGAAGAGGCGGUGGAGAUAGACGCCGAGGCUGGAGGGAGCUUCUACUCUGACGUGUGA